AUACAGAGGAAUCGAACCUGCUGUCUGAAGUUGUGUAAACUAGCGGCUGUAACUGUAGAGCAGGACAGUCACUAAUGUCUGCUUUGUCGCUCUUAAAGGGUCUAAAACGUCGCCAAAUGUAGCGACAGAGUCACAGUUAGCAACACUGGGUAUUACAAUGUUGCUGUUAUUUCCUUUCCACAGGUAUCUGAGUCACACCGGCCAUACGGAGUUUAGGUUGUAGCAGAAAUGUUGGUGCAGUCUGGUGUUGAGCAUUUCGAUGGCUGUUAGCACUAUAAGAACAUUUCACCUUACAUCAGGAGAUUGUUUCCUUCUUGAAGAAAGAAAAUGCAAGCUGAUUUGCUGUUCUCGUCUCGCCGCUCACCAGUUGUCUGCUUGAACGGCUGUGUAUCCUCCAGUCAGCCUCUAGCAUCCAACAUUGGACUAGAAAUCCUGAAAAGGGGUGGAAACGCUGCAGAUGCUGCUGUAGCUGUGGCCGCAGCCCUGAAUGUAACCGAGCCUACAAGCACAGGCAUCGGAGGAGAUGCCUUUUGUCUUUUUUAUGACGCUGCCACCAAACAGGUGCGAGGACUUAAUGGGAGUGGAAGGAGUCCUAAAGCUCAGACUCUGGAGCUGAUGGAGAGAUGUGGAUUCAGUCAGAGUAACCCACCACAUGACUUCCAUGCCCUCAAUGUCACUGUGCCAGGAGCUGCAGCAUGUUGGUGUGACACAGUGACCUUGUUUGGAAGCAAAAAGCUGUCUUUGGCUGACCUGCUACAGCCAGCUAUAGAUCUGGCUCAGAACGGUUUCCCAGUGGCCGAGAUAACAGCGUACCAGUGGGCUAAGGGUGCUGAAUCCCUGAGGGCUGCUGGGAGAGAACUGGGACGAGAUUUACUCAUUAACAAUCAGCCACCUAAACAUGGACAGGUCAUGACCAAUCCCAACCUCGCACGAACGUUCCAGGAGCUUGUGCUGUGUGGGAGAACGGGGUUCUAUGAGGGCAGGAUCGCCCAGGCUGUGGUUGAUGUCGUGCAAGAAAAUGGUGGCAUGAUGAGCUUGGAUGACAUGAAGAACCACGUCACCACUGAGAUCACUCCGAUUUACAUUAAUUACAAAACGGUACGAGUUUGGGAGGUCCCACCCAACAGUCAAGGGAUGGCAGCUCUUAUUGCCCUUAAUAUCCUUGAGAAUGUUCCUAUCAAAGAUCUGGGUCACAACAGUGCCCACUACCUGCACAUCCUGGUUGAGUCACUGAAAUUGAGCAUGACUGAUACCAUGCACUUCAGCACAGACCCAGACAAGGUGAACGUGCCUGUGGAGGGGCUUCUUUCCAAGGAUUAUGCUCUCCAGCGAGCCAAGUUAAUCCAAAUGGACAAAGCCAGGAGUGUGUGUGAUCACGGGAUUCCCACAGGAAGUGACACGGUGUAUUUCACUGUGGUGGAUGGAGAGGGAAAUGCCUGCUCCUUUGUGAACAGCAAUUACAUGGGCUUUGGCACUGGCCUUGUCCCCCGAAACUGUGGAUUUUCCCUGCAAAACAGAGGUGCUAAUUUCUCUCUGGACUCCACUCAUGUGAACUGCAUAGGCCCAGAGAAGAGGCCAUACCACACUAUAAUCCCUGCCAUGCUCACAGAUCCCUUGUCAGGGCGCCUCCUCUGCUCCUUUGGGGUGAUGGGGGGCUUCAUGCAGCCUCAGGGUCAUGUGCAGGUAUUGCUCAAUAUGUUAGAAUUUGGCAUGAACCCUCAGCGUGCACUCGAUGCCCCACGUGUGUUUGUGCAGUUUGACCAGGCUGGUUUUGCCCUAAUCCCACUGGCCAUCUGCAGCAUUGUGGCCAACGUUCUGCUAAUUUUCCCUGAUGGAGAGGAAGAUUUGAGCAAGUACAUGUCUUCCUUCACGGAAAUAGGAGGUGGCGGUAUCACAACAUUCAUAGCUGCUUUCGCUUUUUUGAGCAUGGCGAAGUGUGCUGACUCCUGUGGAAACGAGAACUAUGCUAUGUAUGGCUCUAUGCUAGCGGCUCUCAUUGGACUGACCGGCUCUGGCUAUUCCUUCAUCAUCUCAGCCAUGCCCAUGCUAGAGCUCCAUUGCUUGAUUAAUUCGAAUUGGGCAAAAUACCUGUUUGCCCGUGAAUCCUGGUCUAAUUGUGAACAGCCUGCUCACAAUGCUGAGUGGAAUGUGACGUUGCUGUCCAUCCAGCUAGUCCUCAGCCUGAUCGAGUUCCUCAUUUGCUCUGUGCAAUUUAUCAGCGGAUUGGUCAGAACCAUCCGCAAGCCUUGCAGCAUUCUGAGUGUUUGAAGACACAAUGGACAACCGUCCCAUAUAUCCCCAAUAGACAUUGACAUUCUAAUGAUAGGCUGCUAUUAAAAAAAUAAUAAUUCUGAAAAUACCUGUCAGACUAAACCAGUAUAUAUCUGGGAAUUGGGUCAGUGUAGCAUGACAACCUGUUCUAGCUUGACCAAGAACAGCUCUUAUCAGCCUUAUACUAUUCUAACACAAUCAACCCCAAUACAGUACCACUGUCUGAUACUCAGACCUAGAACUAUAAAAAGAAACAGAGAUAAGUUACACAAUUUUCUGUCCAUAGACAGUAAUAGAGAAACUGAUUUUUUUUCUGAAAUUAUAUAAACACCACUUAGAAUUAAUUACUGAGACAAAAUAAUCAAGACAAUGUUGCUUUUAUAAAAAGACAAAUUAAAUUAUAGUGUAUUUUAUAAGUUCUGAUUAUACACUGAUUAUACACUGUUUAGUUUCAUUGUUCAUUUUGUUAAAAGUAUUUCUUGUGUUUUCUGUAUGUUUCAUUUUAAGAAAAUUGUAAAUUAUUUUCCAUUUCUUGAUAAAAAAAGUAU